AUGGUCUAUAAUGUGCUUAUCGUCACGUGCCUUCGUGUCUCAUCGCAACGCGCCGAUAAGCUUUCCUUUUCCUCACUGCGCAUCUACGACGAUUUUCCAAUGAGCUGGGACCGAGUGAUUCAAGACUCCGAUGAGGACGAGCCACUCAUUGAGGAGCAGGCUUCCACGUUCAAUGAGCCGCCCCGGGUUCAUGAGUCCUCUAUCCAUGAACAAUAUCACCCGGUCGCGGACCAACAAACACCUUACCCAAUUGAGCCCCAUGAUGCUAGCGCCGAACUACAACUGAACGUCAACUUUGAUCAAUUCCUGCAAUCGCAAGAAAAUAAUCACGUGAAUCUCAAUUCGUCGCAACAGCGACGCGAAGAAAGGUGGAUUCCAUCGACUGGUGAAGGCGGGGGUGGAUCGAUUGGUGCAAUGAUGACGGAGAUCGGACUUGCGCAGCAACGCCUCUUUGACGACGAGGCUUUCAGUCUCGCCCAGCGUCUUCCAUCCACGGCGACGCCAUAUUCGAGCGAGAUAUCCCAACCGGGUUCUUUCCCUACCAUGCCAGUUUACCCGUACCAGCAGACGAACGAGGUCACCAAAAUUGAAUCGAACCCCGUCAAAAAAGUGGUCUACCCUUCAUACGAGGCGACCCAGCUUAUCCCAUCGAUUCAGGCCCACGGUUACGAGUAUAGUACGCCCGCGGCAUCGACCCCCGUGGAUUCACCGAUUGGGGAAUAUGGAGAGACCAUGUCGUAUCCUACGACCAUCCACAUCACUCACGAGUCUCGCGCGCAUCCGUCGCAAAAUGGUACCCAGAGAUCCAAAUCUAUGCACUCGCAGCCGUACUCUCCACACGACACGGAGCCAAUGUCAUCUAUCGUAUCGCCGGGAGUAGGUCGUGUGAAGAGCGAUAAUGUCAGAUCAGGCCUCAUGUCACCAGGAUACUCCGAAGCUGAUGCCCACGACGAGCUUUCUUUGCCAGCUGUAACUGUCGAGGUAACCACGGUUAAGAAGCGUGGGCCUACGAAGAAACAGUCAAUGCCAGAGAACGAUGAUGACGAUGAACUCGCCAUGGUGGAACCCAGGUCCACUAAGAGCAAGCCUGAAAAGAGGCAGCCAGGCCGGCCUCCCAAGGCUGCAAACAUUGGAGAAACCACCGCAAACGAGAAAGAGGUCGCGGGAGCUGAAGCCCCAGGGGCUAAUAGGGUUACAAUCCUGAAGGUCAAAGCCCCCCUGCCACCUGUUGAGAAAGAGACCAAGAAGAAAGUCAGAAGAAGCAAGACCGCGGAUUCGGUGAUGCAGAAACCCCGUGCGGCGGAUGACGAUGUCAUCUGGGUGGACCCAAGGCCUAUCCAGGCGGAUGCCAACAACCCAAGCAUGAACACCACGAUUCCAGAACCCAUAGAGGGAACAGCGCCUCAAGCUGCAGAAAAUCCAAGCAAGGAAGAACAACCGGCACCCAAGAAACGAGGGCGCAAGCGCAAGACACCGUCUGAACAGCCCAUUGAUGCCGAAGCAUCCAAAGAGAACCAAGCACCAGAGCCACCAGCUCCAGCUCCUGAAGCUGCACCUGAGAUCCUGGGCGACAAGCCAACAGUUCCACGCGCAGACCAAACACCCGUCCCAGACGCUCCUAAUGAACCAACCAAUCCCCUUCCCCAAACGCCUCAACCAGAUACACAGACCCGGAAAGCACCAGGCGCACACAGCCCGAUCUCAUCGACGGGAAAGGUGCCUUACCGAGUGGGGCUGAGUAAAAGGGCGCGGAUUGCGCCUUUGUUGAAGGUUGUUCGGAAGUGA